GUAAGCUGGAUCGGAACGGUGAUCGCAACUCUGUGUGUCAUGGGUCGCCUAUUCACACGAUUCCGAGUCUUCCGACGGCUUCUCAUCGAUGACUACCUGGUCAUUGUAGCCCUGGCAAGCAGCUUCGCCUAUGCUGUUAAAUGGCAUAUCCAAAGUGCAGGUCUCUGGACAGCAAUUGCCCAACAAAAUGGAAAACUCCCACUUGACCAGACGUACUUUGGAAAUCUGCGAAUAUAUAUCAGGAGUCAAACGGGCGCUUUGAUCUGCCAGGGCAUUGGCUUGUGGUGUAUCAAAUUAUCCUUCCUGUUGUUUUUCAAGACGCUCGGGAAUCAACUGAAAGCACAAAGAGUUUUGUGGUGGACGGUGACAAUCUUUGUCCUCCUCAUGUUCCCUGUUUACAUGAGCAUGCCUCCGUGGCAAUGCCAUCGUGGCCUCAAUAAUCUCACGGAUCUCAUUGCCAGGUGCAAUACCCAGAAGGUGUCUAACUUUACUAUGAACGGACUGAGAGUUAUAACCAUAAUAGAUAUCCUCACGGAUGUGGCCAUAUUGGUGAUUCCUUUCACUAUUCUGUGGCAGGUGCGACUUUCUAUGAGAAGAAAACUAGCCCUCGGCAGCUUAUUUGCAAUCACCUUGUUUGUGAUACUCUGCGCGAUUCUCCGGAUGACGGUGGUAGAACACAGCGCAAUCAAUGGCCAGAUGGACGUUACCUGGCUUUAUCUAUGGUACAAGAUUGAGCUUGACACAGCGAUCGUGGUGGCUUCUCUCGCCUCAUUCCGGGCUUUAUUCACAUCAGGAUCGAGCCGACUUCAGUAUAGUUCUGAACCCAAUCGCAACUUUGUUCGAACACCGUGGGGAAGCUCUAGCAACUGCACUGUGAAGAGUACAUCGCAAAAUACUAUCGUUAUGCGGACGGACUUCAUCGCGCUGGAGACUCGAUCAGGAGAGCCCACAGUUUAA